CAUCUUCUAAUACGCUUUCGCUCCUUUGUCCUUGGUCAUGAAGAAAAACUAACUACCACUGAAGGAAGCAGAAGUCGUCUUGUAGCCUUUAUAAGUUCUAACUCGUCAGAGUAAGAGUUGUGCUCGCAUUGUCUCUCCUGAGACUACUAGUACUACAAAAUGACGGACGCGCAAAAGAGCUCUAAGACUACCCUGUCGGGCAACGCGAACAAGAUAAACGACACGAAUUAUGAAGGGUUAGAACUUAUCUCACAAUACUUCCACUCUCACUGGUCUAUCGACUUUUUGUUUCGAAUGCGAUGCUGUGACUUUAAAUUUCAGUUGUUGUCAGGUUGGUGUUCUCCGUUUUAUGUCCCAAUACGAGCAAUGCUUUGUAGAGUUGAACUAUCCAAGUUGCCCUUACCGUAAGUACUCAGCUUUCCCCGAGUAUUGCCCCACUCGCUUUCAUGUUGCGGAUUUGCGUUUGUGUGAGCGCGAGCAACUAUGCGGAAUUCUGGCAGGAUUCAGUGCCGGCAAGUGGAAGGUACAUCGACUAUCUCUUGCGAUGGGUAUCGUGUGGUUAGAAAAUCUAUCUGGGCAGCGAGCAUCUUCUGUUUCACUAGCAAGCACGACCUUUUCCCACUACAUGACAUCCAUCGAAUGUGCCAACUUCUCUUCUGUACAUUAGCCAAACUGUAUUUGGCUUCCUUGUGCAUGAUAUAAAAAAUGUACAUCAUUCAUCAAGAUGAGCUAAAAAGUUAGAUUACCGUUUGCUCUCAGGUUGCCGAAUUGAUGUUAAUGUCGGAGGACGCCAAGUUUUUCGUGGUCCUCAUUGGCGAGUGCCUAGCGGCAAACUGGGCAAAAAUGGGAAGCGUGAUGAAGCUAACCUUGAAGACCUUUGAUGAUCUCAUGCGUGCGCUGGCAAUGUAUUCGGUCAACGAGGUGGAUGUGGAUACGCUUAUUCGCGCGGUAAAGUUUAUCACAUUAGUAAGACCAUGCGUUAUAUUAUAUUGCUCGCUCUAUUGUUUAAAAUACUGUUUGUGUACUAUUCCAUUUCUGCGUGGUGAAGUUUAAUAAUAUCUCGACUUGCACUUGCUUUUUAUCAUCCUACAACUACUUCUACUCUCAGUAUCCUUAUCUUAAAAUUACUUUUCGCAUCUACCCAGGCUUCGACGAAUAUGAAAAACCGCACGUUGCGCGGAGAAGAUAAUGUUGGGAAGCAUUCCUUUGCCAGGAUAUUUUCGAAUGCACACAGUGAACUCAUCAGUUGGGUGUUUCAAUUCGAAGACGGUACUAAAAACUUUAUGGUGUUCAGACGGUACUAAAAAGUUCAUUCUUCUCUUUCUCAAGCAACUCGCGAAAAAGACGUGACUGAUAUCUACGAUCAUGAGUAAGGAGCUGUAAUUAAUGCACCAUAAGAAAUUGUCUUCAGAGCAAUUCUCUGUACCUAUGGGAGAUAGUCAUAAUCUUUACAUCACAGAGCAGCGGGACCGCGAAAUGGAGGCGAUGAACGAGAAGUAUCGACUCGAGCGUGCUGAGGAAAGCCGCAAAGCUGAGCGCCGCGCUCGCCAGCAGCAACGACGUCAGAAAAUCAAGGAGAAGAUGGACCGUCUGAAGCGGAUGGCUGAGGUGGCUCAGCAACGCCAGCGCGGAGAGCCCGUGGGAGCCAAGGCCAAGGACUCGGAGACCACCAUCGACAAGAAGGCGCCGUCUUCUUCUCCUGUGAGCACCAACAAGGAUGAUGAAUCUAUCGCGGAUGGCAGUCUCGGCAGCAUGUCUGAUGUCUCCUCGGUGGCGUCGUCCGAUGAUGAUGAGAACGAGGAGGACGUCGAUACUGUCACAGGACCUGCUUCUAAAAAACAGAAGACGACUACCACCACCAUGGGGGGAUCAUCGUCCUCUUCUUCGUAAUAAUAGAUUCAUAGUUGUUAGAUAGUAGGUUGUACACAAUUUCGCUGCAAAUGUUGAUUCUAAGUGAUCGAGCUUUUUUCUUUUUUCUCCCAUCCACUAUAAUAGAUCGUCGACUUUUUUGAUGAAGACACGAUGAUACAACACAUGUAGGUAUGGAGCAGCAGGAGCAGCACCGAGAGGAGGCCUUGCCGAAAAAUUUCGUGGAUUGCAGCAAGAUGUUGAUGAGGAUAACUACGAGGAGGAAUUUGACGGGUAUACCUCACUUUUUGCUUUCUUGCGAGUGCUAGAAUAGAAGAUCAAAGGACAACUCGGAUCACAGAAGUAGCCGCUCUUGUUUACCAGAAGGAGAAAAAUUAUGAAAGGAGCUUGAAACGUAUGAAGAGAAAUCGAAAUAAGUAGUAGUAGUAGUGGUAGUAAUGCGCUCAAGUAUACUGAAUGGAAAUAUAAUGAACGUUGACAGCACUUCCGGCAUGCCCCCAAUGUCGCAGAUCUAAGGAGGAGUGUGCGCAAUAUGAUGGAAGGAGAGGCAUGGCCGAAUGGGAGAGUAGGUAUCACUUGUUUGUGACGUAUGAACUUUCUGGAGGUGUUUGUAGCUGCAUUGUUAAGAUAUAAAAAGAUAGGUACCUUGAUACAAUCCUACUAAAGAUCCCAGUUCCUUACUGCAGACGAUGCCCAAUCUAGAUCCUCACUCUCAGGCACGAAUGAGGUAGGACAGGCGUAAUAUCAGUGGAUGUUGGUGGAAUGCAAGGAUUCUGGGGAAGUAUGCAGAUAAAAGAUAGUAGGAACUGAAAAACUUGAGCAUAGUAUGCUUCUACCUAUUCGAUGAUAGAAGUAGCUGUUUCUUUGUUAGCGUUCUUCAUAUACAUAGAAUUGCUAAAAGUCUGCUUUUGAUAAAGCAACCCUUGCUAUCAUUCAAUAGGAGUAGAAUUUAAGUGGUAUUGUUGUGAAGAAGAGCGUUAAUUUUAGUACAGCUAUCGCGCAUCUAUCUGAUACUCAGGCAAGUGCUUAGGUAGUUCCUCUAUGUGUUUCGUGCAUGUUUUAUUGUCGUUAAUUUGUCAGUGAAAUUAUGCGGAGCAGGAGCUUUCAAAGCUUCUGACUCAAUAUAGUAGAUGAAAUGAAAUCUCUUCAAUAUCUGAAAUGAAGUCCAGUUUCAUGCAGUAUCUUGUUGAUUAUGAAUUACCUCGAGUAUGUGAGUUAUCGCAUGUUUGAUUAUUUUCUUCCCGCUGCUCCUGCUGAUGAACAAUGUGCUAGAAUUGCCUUGCUGGGUAAUUUUAUUCAUUGAACGGAACGAACUGAUAACGAAGUAGUAAUCAUUUAUGUUAACAACAUGUCGACCAAGAAAAGCAGCGAAGAUGAUGCAUUUUAAAAUUGUCAAGUCAGUAUCAUUCGUAGGUGCGAAAGCUAAAGUUUGACGAUAAGAAUAAAAUUUUCAGAUUUUUUGUGGAAGUAAAAGCUGUUCAUAGUACAAGACUCUGGAGGAUAUGAGAGGAGGGCUAUCGAACUGGAGUUGCACCUACUAGACGCAGUUGAAAGAUUUCGUUUUCUAGGUGCAUUAUAUAGGAUUACUAAUAAUGAACAACUUAGGUGGAAAAGAAGUCUCCUGUGAUUUAUUAAUAUUACCCAUGAGAUACCCCUUCAGUUAAUCUAUUCUGUAGCACGUCUAAUUCUUAAAUUUCUUGACUCUCCCGAACGUUAGCUAUAUGGAUUAGACAGGUGCCAACAUCGCUAGGAGUUACGGUCACCAAAACAGAGCUUAUUCGUUAUCUUAUCGAAUACGUUCCUAAUUCAGUUGUAGCCUUGAUGGAUUCAGUGUUUUGCGUAACCGCAUGGACUGGAGCGAGCGAGCUCACGCAUAAUGUGUUAGCUUCUCAUAUGGUACAACUAGUUGCCAGGCGGGUUGAAUAACUGGUAUGCCAAGGAAAAUCCAACACAGAGUUGCUGUGGGGGCGCUACUUCUCCAGCUGUCAAUAUCUAUCCAGCAAGAAAAACCUUUCCUUCACCCAACAGAACAGUCGCGAGUCCCAGCGUCGUUUUCCCCACCAGUAUGAAUAUAGGCAUCAUAGUCAUGACAUGACAGUGAUAAAAGUGCCCAUCGUGUUAUUAUGCGAAAAAGCAGC